AUGGCCAGUGGAAUGCUGAGGGGCCCCCCUGGACCCAUCGCCAGCCAGAUCUGGACCGUCGACCCCAGCGCCAACCCCGCCGAGCCGGAGGGCUCCGCCGAGCCGCCCGUGGUCAAGCGACCGCGCAAGAAGAUGAAGUGGAUCCCCACCAGCAACCCGCUGCCCCAGCCCUUCAAGGAGCCGCUGGCCAUCAUGCGCGUGGAGAACAGCAAGGCCGAGAAGCCCAAGCCCGUGCGCCGCAAGACGGCCACCGACACGCUCAUCGCGCCGCUGCUGGACGCGGGGGCGCGCGCCGCGCACCACUACAAGGGCGGCGGGGGCGACGCGGGGCCCGCCCCCGACAAGAAGCAUGCGCGCCACUUUUCCCUGGACGUGCACCCCUACAUCCUGGGCACCAAGAAGGCCAAGCCCGAGGCCGUGCCCGCCGCCGCCCUGCCCGCCUCCCGGAGCCAGGAAGGGGGUUUCCUGUCCCAGGCGGAGGAGUGCGCGCUCGGCUUGGCCGCAGCCCCCACCAAAGACGCUCCGCUCCCCGAGAAGGAAAUCCUGUACCCCGCAGAGCCAGCCCGUGCCACGCUUCCUCCCGGGGGCCCGUUUCAUGUCUGCUCGCCCCCCGCAGCCCCCGCCACAGCCCCUCUGUCGCCAGCCAGCCUGGGCAAGCCCGACCCCCUGGCUAUGCUGAGCCGCAACGCCACGCACCCGCUGCUGCACAUCAGCACGCUGUACGAAGCCCGGGAAGAGGAGGACGGGGGCCCCCGGGCUCCCCCGGACGUGGGCAGCCUCAUCGCCAUCCCCCCGCCCCAGCAGAUGCUCAUCGCCACCUUUGACGAGCCCAGGACAGUAGUGAGCACUGUGGAGUUCUGA